AUGGUGGCUUUGAGAAGCUGUCAGCCGUCGUUACUGAUGGUGCACCUGCGAUGCAGGAAAACACAAUGGUUUCGCCGGCUCCUCCAACAGAGUGGGGUGGACUGUCCUAUACUGCACUGCAUCAUCCAUCAGGAGGCUCUCUGUGCUAAGACACUUAACUUCAGUCACGUUAUGGAUCUGGUGACAAAAGUUACAAAUCUCAUCCGAGGAGGGAAUAGGUCUCUGAGUCACAGGAGGUUUGUAGCUUUUUUGGAUGAAGUGAACGCGGCAUAUGGGGAUUUACAAAUGCACACCGAGGUUAGGUGGAUGAGCCGAGGAAAGUGUCUUGAGCGUUUUUUUGCUUUGCGCGCCGAAAUUCCUGUGUUUUUGGAGGACAGUGUUCGAGGCGAUACAAGUGCCUACACCCGAAAACUCAGAGACACAGAAUUCCUUUGCGAUAUGGCCUUCCUUACGGACGUUACUGCACACCUCAAUCACCUGAACACACAGUUACAGGGGCGAGGCCAAACUGUAUCCAACCUUUAUGCACACAUGAAUGCAUUUCAGUCUAAAUUAGAGCUUUUCAAAGAAGGAUUUUCGCCCAAUCGUCAAAAUUUGGCACACUUUCCCUCUUGUGAAGAAAUGCGGAGAGAUGUCCCUGAAUGCGGUAACAUUUUUCACAAAUACAGAGCCGACAUCGAAACACUGCAGCAGCAGUUUAAGUGCCGCUUCCAUGAUUUCCACGCCAUGCAGCCGCGAAUAGCGUUAUUUACUGACCCCCUCUCUGCUGCCGUCAGCGAGCAACCCUCCGAGUUGCAGCUUGAACUCUGCGAACUUCAGUCAGACCCGUUUUUUCAAGCAAAGCGCAGUGAGAAGGGAGUUUCAUUUUGGAGGUUACUACCAGAGCCCCGCUUUCCACUUCUCAGGGAUUUUGCACUGUCAAUGGCCAGCAUGUUUGGGAGCACGUACAUUUGCGAGAGCAGUUUCUCCACGAUGAAACAUAUCAAGUCGAAAGAGAGAAACAGGAUCAGCGAUGAUGUUCUGUUUCAGCUCAUGAGGAUUGGCUGCACUAACAUUGAUAUUGACAUCCAGUCUAUUGCACGCCAGCAAGAGAAACCACAAGUAUCUCAUUAACUGUAAACUUAACCCCUGCAGGUGAGAUAAAGCGGCAGCUUAUUGUGAAAAGUAUGCUUCACUUAAUACUUUUAGUUCUGUGCCAUCAGUAAAUGUUUUUUUUUUA